CAGCCCAGUUGCUGAAUGGAACACGAGCGAAGCCGCAGCGUCUUUCUUUCUCUCCCUCUCUCCCUCUCUCUCUGUCUGUGUGUCAAUGAGAUCGCACUUCCUUCGCAUCUGUCCAUUCUUUUUCACGGAUUUAUUGUUUCUUCCACGCACGAGAGGAGCAUUUUCCUGGAUUAUCCCGUAUUAGAUUUUUUUUAACGUCUGGAUUACCGGAUCGCGUAAAAUUUAAGACUGAAUCUCAGGACUACAAGCAACUCUUCACUUAUUUUCACGCGCGUGAUGCAAAUAAUGAGUGGCUCGACGCUUCACGGCUCCUUUCGGCCCUGAGAAGCGAUCCGAGGUGCACUUACUUAACUUACAGGCGCGCGGAGAGGAAACGGAGCCAUGAGUCGCGCGCUCAUCGAACCCGUGGCCACCAGCUUUCGGGAAGACGCGCCCCGUCCGCCGGUACCGGGGGAAGAGGGCGAGGAGGAGGCGUCGUCGCUGUCGCGGCGCGAUCCGUCGGCGUACAUGAAACUCAAGAGCGCGGUGAAGACGGCGCGCGCGCCGCGGCGGGACGAGGACGAGCCGGAGGGAAGCGCGUCCCCGGACUCGCCGCUCGCGCGAUGGACCAAGUCGCUGCGCUCGCUGCUGGCCGACCAGGACGGCGCGCACCUGUUCCGGACUUUCCUCGAGCGCGAGCGCUGCGAGGACGCGCUCGACUUCUGGUUCGCCUGCAACGGCUUCCGGCAGAUGGACCUGCAGGACGCGAAGACGCGCCGGGUGGCGCGAGCCAUCUACAAGCGCUACGUGGAGGGUCGCGGCGUGGUGGCCGAGCACCUGCGAGCGGCGACGCGCGCCUGCAUCCGCGAGAGCGUCAAGAAGCAGCGGAUCGAGCUGCGCAUGUUCGACCAGGCUCAGACCGAGAUCGAGGGCGGCCUGGAGGAGAGCGCCUACCGCGCGUUCCUCACCUCGGACAUCUACCUGGACUACGUGCGCUCCGGCGGCGAGAACCACGCCUACGCGCAUGGCGGCCUGGCGAGCCUCGAGCUCAUGUGCGGCUACCUGCCGCCGCUCAUCGAGGACAAGGAGUGGAGCUGCGGCGAGCUGAAGGCCAAAGCGCUGGCGGCUGUGGUCGGGCUGUCUGCCGAGACACUGCGCGCCACCAUGACCCUGCGCACCGCCGACUGCAGGGCUCAAAAACGUGGAGACCCGGCCAGUCCGUAUUUCGUGAACUCGGGUCACGUCGUGGCUCCGGCCAGCAGCGCCAACAACAGUGAGGUGUCCAGCGACGCCACCACUGACGACUCCAUGUCUAUGACCGACAGCAGCGUAGAUGGGAUCCCACCAUACAAACAGGGCACGAAGAAGCAGCUACAGCGGGAGAUGAACCGGAGCGUCAAGAUCAACGGACAAGUUUCGCUCCCCCACUUUCCCAGGACGCAGCGAUUGCCGAGAGAGAUGGCUCCCGUGAAGCCGUCCACGUUCGCAGCAGAACUGAUCGCCCGCCUGGAGAAACUGAAGCGCGAGCAGGACACGUUCAACUCUCUGGAGGAAAGGUUGCAGCAAAUACAGGAGGAAGAAGAGCGAGACGACAGCGAGUUACCCGUGGUCGUCCCCCAGCAGCCACCCACCUCCCUCAACCUCCUCUCCUCCGGAUUGUGCGACGAAGACCCUCAAGCCAUCCUGGACGAGCACCUCUCUAGGGUCCUAAAGACCCCAGGGUGCCAGUCCCCUAGCAUACAAGGCUACUCUCCUCGCUCACGUUCCCCAGACCAUCACCGUCAGCAAGGCUCCGUGCCCAACCUUUUACCUAGUAUGCACUGUUCUGUACCAUCCAAGAUGCCCGUGAUGGCUCCCAAGUCGUCCACCAAGCACAUCCAUCACCACUACAUCCACCACCACCACACUGCUUCACCCAAGAGCAGGGAGGAGAUGGAGGCCGAGGCGGCGCACCGAGUAGCGCAGUGUCUAGGAUCGUCCGGGUCGGACUACUGCUACCAACGGUGCCACAACUCAGCCGAUCUUCAACAAGGGCGCACCAGCACAUUGUCUAAGCGUCCCAGUAAUAUUAGUGAUGGAAUGAGCGGUUGCAAGUCGAGCGAAGAGGAAAGCAGCUCGCCUCUGCUUCCCAGAGAUGGGAUAGUUCGAUCACACAACGUGUGGCAAUGGAUCCUGGAAAGUGAGAGGCAAAACAGGCACAAAUCUCACAGUUCUCAAGGCCUGAAGAAGACACACCCGAGCGACGUAUCCUCUAAGACGCCCUUAUGGGGUGGCGGAGGAGUAGGCGGUCAUGCUCGAGCACACCAUCCGGGUCAUCCAUUCAUCCAGGAUCCCACGAUGCCACCCCUGUCGCCACCGAACACCCUGACCCAGCUCGAAGAAGCCUGCCGAAGACUGGAAGAAGCCUCCAAACCUACUAAACAAAGAGCCUCCAGCCUGCAGAGAGAGAGAGUGCAUCCGUCUCUUUUCUCCAACAGCAGCUCGCCUCUCAUCAGCCCUGCUCUGCAGAUGGAUGAGUGGAAGGAGCAGCGGCGGUUGAGUGCCGGACACUCCAGCGCCCACUCUGGCACGGAGCUUGUGGUCACCUACUUCUUCUGCGGCGAGGAGAUCCCUUACCGCAGACUCAUGAAGACCCACAGCCUCACUCUCGGCCAUUUCAAAGAGCAGCUCCGCAAGAAAGGCAACUACAGGUACUACUUUAAGAAGGCCAGCGAUGAGUUCGAGUGCGGCGCUGUGUUCGAGGAGAUCUGGGAAGACGGCACGGUGCUGCCCAUGUACGAAGGGAAGAUCCUCGGAAAGGUCGAGCGCAUGGACUGAGCGCAUCCCGGCCACCCGGCUACUCGAUUACUUUACGCCUUUUUAAGCGCUGGGAUGACUGACGAACGAACUUCCUCUACCCAAGUCUGCUGCCACCAGGAACUCCGAGUCCAGCCGUCCAUCAGACACAAGGCGAACAGACUCCUUCGGCACAAAUUUGUGCCUUUUUAAAGCUACCUAGAGUUUAAUAUAUUUGGAAAAAAGACAAAAAACCGGGAUGUGAUUGAAGGAACAUUAAUACAUCGAUGAAGAUGAUCAGAAGACCCUUUUUUUUUUAACCACUCCGCCUUAGAAAACAAUUUUGAGCUGUUGCUCAAAAAAUUUAAACCAUUGAAGGUGCAGAUUAUUUCACUGCGCUGAUGCAGCAAGUGGACGGAGCCUAAAGCGCAUCAUUUGCUUCAUCUGUUGAACUCGGAAACGUCCAUACAUGCAUAUAUACAUACACGCCUAUGUGUAUAUAUACAUGUGUCUAAGGAAGGUUUUUUUUUUUUUUUAACGUAUUUAUUGAACUAUCUAUACUAUCCUAAUUUUCCUGACUCUCACGUCCACAGAAAGGACACGCUGCUUAAAACGAUUGUUUUUGUAUAAGUAAUGCAACACACACACAAACACACACACACACACACACACACUCUUCCCGUCCUUCGUACAUCAUGUUACUCAUCAUAAUUUGCUGCAGCAUAAGCUGCCUGUGCAGUAACUACUUUUUAAGAAUUUCUACACUAGACAUUCCUAGGUUCUUAUUGCAACUAAAGUUCUAUCAGCAAGUCACUGUUACUGUAGCUCUUACUUUUUAGCUGCUGAAUCAUCCAUAUCUCGUCGUCCUGCCUCUACUGAACGCUCCAAUAUUCAUCGGGCAAGGUUACCAGGCUCAUGCCUCGAUAUCGAAGAUCUUGGAAAAGAUUUUAUAUCGGUAUAAAUUUCCAAUUAAGCGACCUUUAGGACUGAAAUGAUGAAAUGAAAUAUGGCUGUCGGUUACAGAACCCUCUUCUUGUGGUGCCUUUGUUUUGUCGAGGUGUGAAGGUUUUUUUUUUUUUUUUUAUUAACAGUAUGCCUGUUUCGCACGUGCAAUCCUAAUUUUUUUAUGUUAUUUUUAUUAUUAGAAAUCACGUAAAAUGUUGUGAUGGUUGUGUGGCCCAGGCAUGCAGCUACAACUCGAUUAUUCCUUACAGCAAGCUGAAGGUACCAAAAUUAUUCCUUUAAUUGCAUAUACCCUGCUUUUGAACUUACUUUUGAAAGUGCUGAAAAUAGCAAACAGUUAUUAUACAGAUCACAAUACCCACACAUUACAGCUACAAAUCAGACAAUGUGAAAAACAAUCGGUUCACGUCAUACGGAAAACUUCUGAAAUACGGCACAAGUUGUGAUUUUAGUUGUCACAGCCACAACUCACGUUCAUUACACACACUGUAGGCCUAUAGUUUCGAACGAUGCACCGUGAA